AUGACGGCUACAGCUGCAGUGGAGACACCAAAAAUGAAGAAGAGUGCCUCCAAAGAAGAGAAGCAGCAACCUAACCAAGACAGCACAGAACAGGGCAAUGCUGAUUCUGAAGAGUGUAUGAGCUCUGAGAGUGACCCUGAACAGAUGAGCCUUAAGAGCAGCAACAGCAGUGACAAUAGCUGCCAACCUGGAGUUGUUCAGUUGAAGAAAAAGGAGAUUCCCUCCAAGCCACACCGCCAGCUCUGUAGAUCACCCUGCCUAGAUCGUCCAAGCUUCUCCCAGAGCAGCAUUCUACAGGAUGGGAAGGUUGACUUGGAAAAAGAAUACCAAGCCAAGGUGGAUUUUGCUCUAAAGUUGGGCUAUGCAGAGGAACAGAUUCAAUCAGUGCUGAACAAGCUGGGCCCAGAAUCACUUAUCAAUGAUGUAUUGGCAGAGCUUGUCAGACUUGGGAACAAAGGUGAUUCAGAAGGGCAGGUCAACUUGAGUCUGUUAGUGCCUCGGGGGCCCAGCUCCAGAGAGAUUGCAAGCCCUGAACUGUCUCUUGAAGAUGAAAUAGACAGCAGUGACAAUUUGAGGCCAGUUGUCAUUGAUGGAAGUAAUGUGGCAAUGAGCCAUGGGAAUAAAGAAGAGUUCUCUUGCAGAGGAAUACAACUAGCUGUGGAUUGGUUUCUAGAUAAAGGCCAUAAAGAUAUUACUGUAUUUGUGCCCGCAUGGAGAAAGGAGCAAUCCCGACCUGAUGCACUAAUUACAGAUCAAGAUAUCCUACGAAAACUAGAGAAGGAGAAGAUUCUUGUCUUCACACCAUCCCGAAGGGUCCAAGGCAGGAGAGUUGUCUGCUAUGAUGACCGGUUCAUAGUCAAACUGGCUUUUGAUUCUGAUGGCAUCAUUGUAUCCAAUGAUAACUAUCGAGACCUUCAAAUCGAAAAGCCAGAAUGGAAGAAGUUUAUAGAAGAGCGAUUGCUGAUGUAUUCUUUUGUGAAUGACAAAUUUAUGCCUCCAGAUGAUCCUUUAGGACGCCAUGGUCCAAGCCUUGAAAAUUUCUUAAGAAAGAGACCUGUUGUUCCUGAACACAAGAAGCAACCAUGCCCUUAUGGCAAAAAAUGCACCUACGGCCACAAGUGCAAAUACUACCAUCCGGAGCGGGCCAACCAACCCCAGCGUUCGGUGGCUGAUGAGCUCCGCAUCAGUGCCAAACUAUCCACAGUGAAAACUAUGAGCGAAGGCACCCUGGCCAAAUGUGGCACAGGGUUGUCUAAUGCCAAAAGUGAGAUAACCUCAGAAGUCAAGCGUGUGGCUCCUAAGCGCCAAUCAGAUCCCAGCAUUCGGUCGGUGGCUGUGGAACCUGAGGACUGGCUGUCCAUUUCCCGUAAGCCGGAGGCCAGUUCUGUACCUUCACUUGUGACCGCACUAAGUGUCCCCACAAUCCCACCCCCCAAAAGCCAUGCAGUGGGUGCACUCAACACCCGUUCGGCCAGUAGUCCAGUGCCAGGAUCCUCUCAUUUCCCCCACCAGAAGUCCUCAUUGGAGCACAUGGCCAGCAUGCAGUAUCCCCCCAUCCUGGUUACCAACAGCCAUGGGACCCCUAUUAGUUAUGCCGAGCAAUACCCAAAGUUUGAGUCCUUGGGGGACCAUGGCUACUAUUCAAUGUUAGGUGACUUCUCCAAAAUGAACAUCAACAGCAUGCAUAAUCGAGAGUACUACAUGGCUGAAGCAGACUCGGGGGUGUAUGCCAGGAAUCCCAACCUCUGUCCAGACAGCCGUAUGAGCCAUACCAGGAAUGACAACUAUUCCUCUUACAACAACCUGUACUUGGCUGUAGCUGAUGCCCAUCCUGAAGGCAGUUUGAAGCUGCACCGCUCAGCAUCUCAAAACCGUCUUCAGCCUUUUCCUCAUGGUUACCAUGAAGCCUUAAUGCGAGCGCAGAGCUAUGGCCCAGAGGAUUCUAAGCAAGCCCCCCACAAGCAGUCAGUCCCCCACUUAGUUCUGCAUGCCCAGCACCCAGCAACUGGAGCACGCUUCAGCUGUCCUGGAGACUACCCCAUGCCUCACAAUAUCCAUCCUGGGGCAACUUCCCAGCCAGGACGUGCCCUGGUGAUGACUCGGAUGGACAGCAUUUCUGACUCCCGCCUCUAUGAGAGCAACCCCAUGAGGCAAAGACGGCCUCCUCUGUGCCGGGAACAACAUGCUAGCUGGGACCCACUGCCUUGUACAACUGACUCCUAUGGCUACCAUUCCUAUCCUUUGAGUAACAACCUCAUGCAACCAUGCUAUGAACCAGUGAUGGUACGGAGCGUACCUGAAAAGAUGGAGCAGCUUUGGAGGAAUCCUUGGGUCGGAAUGUGCAAUGAUUCCAGGGAGCAUAUGAUCCCAGAGCACCAGUAUCAGACCUACAAGAACCUCUGCAAUAUUUUCCCUUCCAACAUCGUCCUUGCAGUGAUGGAGAAGAAUCCUCACACAGCAGAUGCCCAGCAGCUGGCAGCCUUGAUUGUUUCUAAGCUUAGGGCUGCACGUUGA